AUGAUUAAUACUAAAGCUUAUCAAGUUUUGGGUACAGUAAACCCACUUAAAUCUUUAGUUGAACGUACAAAUGAUUUUCUUUAUGGUUUAUGGGUUAAUAAACAUAUUACACAAAAACAAUAUGAAAAAUUUAAAGUAGAGAAAGAUGAGGCAGAAUUAGCCCAUCUUUAUUUCUUACCAAAACCACAUAAACCAGGAACACCUUUAAGACCUAUAAUGUCUGGUCUUAAAUCUCCAACCAUAGAAAUUUCUAGAUGGUUGGAUAGUUUAUUAAGACCAUUGUUCGAUCGUCUAGCCAUAAAUUCAACCGUUAAAAACGGCCUUGAAUUAAUACAACAAGUUGAAAGAUGGUCGGCUACUUACCUUACACGAGCCACAUCAUUCAUAACAAUGGAUGUUACUGAUUUGUAUACAAUGAUUCCUCAAGAAGGAGGAGUAACAGCCAUAAAAAGAUUAAUUGAAGCAUCUGGAUUAAAACAAAUCGAUGGUGUUAAAAAAGAGAUCAUAUUAGCUCUCACCAGAUUUGUUAUCACUAAUAAUUAUUUUUAUCUUGAUGGGUCAUAUUAUAAACAAAUACGUGGAGGAGCCAUGGGCUCACCAUUGACCCUCACAAUGGCUAAUGCAUAUAUGUAUUUCGUUGAACGUCCUAUUUCAAAAUGGGCUAAUAGGACAUGUUCAUUAUAUUAUAGAUACAUUGAUGAUCUAUUUAUCAUGUCAAAUGUACAUGCAGAUAUAUUAAAAGGUCUUGUGAAUUUUUGGAAUAGACUUGAUAGUAAUAUUAAAUUUUCAGAAUCCAUAAGACAAACUGCAGAGUACCUUGACGUUAGAUUUGAGAAUAGAGGAGGAAUGCAUGAUUUUUCAGCUCGUUUUCACGAACUCUGGAAUGAUUGUUUUUCAGAUACAGCCAUUUGUCAUAUGAAACCAAUUCUCGGUUCUAGAAGAUUAGAUAAUCUUCAAGAUUAUCUUGUUAGAAAGAAACCAGACAAAUCUCUACUAAAAAUUAAUCAACCACUUACUUAA